AUGUGCAUCAAAAAUGUAUUACGCUAUUUACUGUAUGCGCUGUUUAUUUUUGUGGUCACAAGUGAAAAUCCACUAACGACAUCUGGAAAUUCUGCGCAAAUAGUAAAAACAGCGGAAUGCGUUUUAAAACUGUCCGCAAAAUAUUUUGUGGAGAAGAAAGCUCUCAGCGGCAGCAUUGUAAUAAUCAAUAUUAAUUCUUACGCUUCAACAACACAAGUGCUAUUAUUGAAAACCAUCCACAGUGGCAUGAAGUAUUCAAUUAUGGUCAAAGAUUCUUUCUAUCCGCACGCUAAUGCGUCGCAUUUCCCCGAGAAAGCUAAAAAUUAUAUGCUGAUUUUGGAAGAAAAAUCGGAGUUGGAAAGAAACAUACUGCAGUUGAAUAAAUUGCCCACUUGGAAUCCAUUAGCGAAAGCAAUAGUUUUCUACCAGUUGAAGGAUAGCGAGAGCGCCGAGGAAACGUCUAUUCACUUUAUUAAUGAACUUCGCAACUACAAACUUUUUAAAAGUAUUAUUUUCAUAUAUUCUCCUAACGCAGACGAAGUAGUUUCAUAUACUUGGAAGCCUUACGAUGACAAUCACUGUGGUGGGAAAUGUGAGUCUGUUUACAUUUUAGACAGAUGCAAGGAUAAUGUUAUACAUGAAUUUGAAACACAAAAGGAAAUGUUUCCUUUGGAUAUGAAAGGCUGUCCAUUAUUAGUGUACGCGGUAAUCUCUGAACCAUACGUGAUGCCCCCAAUACGAAAGAGUAUUAUCGCAGGGAACAAUGAUUCAUACGAGUUUGAUAGAGGCGCAGAAAUAAACUUAGUAAAAAUCAUUAGCCAAUUUAGAAACAUGUCAUUAAUUAUAAAAAUGUCUGAAACUAAAGAAAACUGGGGAACUAUAGAAGUUAAUGGAUCGGCAACAGGUGCGUAUGGGGUGUUGAGAAACGACGUGGUAGAUUUAAUUAUAGGCAAUAUAGAAGUCACAAGAACUAUCCGAAAGUGGUUUCAUCCCACAAUCAGCUACACACAAGACGAAAUGACUUGGUGUGUGCCCAAGGCUGGCCGGGCGUCUACUUGGAAUAAUUUAGUAACAAUAUUCCAAUGGUCAACGUGGAUAGCUACGUUUAUCAGUCUGAUAGUAAUGGGACUGGUUUUUCAUUACUUUUACUAUAGGGAGAACAACAGAAAAGUCACUAAAUGGCCUACAAAUUCCUUGCUGAUGACUUUCAGUAUGUUACUAGGCUGGGGAUCAUCAUUUGAGCCAAAAAGUGGAACGUUCCGCAUCUUAAUCUUCGUUUGGCUUCUCUUCAGCGUAAACAUGGGGAUUUCCUACGAAUCGUUCUUGAGAACUUUCUUAAUGCACCCGCGAUUUGAAAAGCAGAUAAGCACCGAAGCGGAUCUUAUACAGUCUGAGAUUCCUUUGGGAGGCAGGGAGAUUUACCGACCCUAUUUUGAGACUAAUAACGCGAGCUCGUUUUAUUUGUAUCGCAAAUAUAGCUCGACGACGUUUGAAGAGGGGAUAAGACGUACAGCUUUGAGUAGGAAUUUUGCUGUUGUCUCAUCCAGAAGACAAUCGAUGUAUCAAGACCAAAAAUUAGGGAAAGGUGAGACGUUGAUAUACUGCUUUCCAGAAAGUAACAAUCUUUACAAAUAUGGCGUUGUACUUUUAGCUAGAAAGUGGUUUCCGAUAUUAGAACGAUUUAAUACUAUUAUCCGUAGCGUCUCGGAAAAUGGUUUGAUAGACAAGUGGAAUGAAGAAUUGCUGAUUCAUACGAGCAGUGUUGAACUGACUAGCACUAUAGCAUCUCUGAGUGUGGAACAUUUAUUGGGUGCUUUCAUGUUCAUUGGUUUGAUGUAUAUCAUAAGUAUUUUAAUUUUUAUUGGAGAGUUGAUAUAUCAUUUUACUGAACGUAGGAAUGUAGUAAAAAUGUCUGUUAAUUCUUUUAUUCAUUCAUCCAAAUAG